AUGCUGGCCAUUGAGCACCACGCUCGAAGCUUCUUUCUCCAAUGUCGAGCUUCUGCGCGGUGCAUACCUCUGCUGUCGACCCGUCCUACUCGAGUCCUGCAGAGACGCGGAUUCGCAACAGUCGUUGAACCGACCCCUCCAUCCCGUACAGCUCCGGAGACCAAACCAUAUUAUGUGACGUCUCCUAUAUUCUACGUCAACUCGGCACCUCACGUCGGCCACCUCUAUACUCUGGUCCUCACGGACAUCCUCAAACGAUGGGCGGUUCUCUGCGGCGAUGAGAGGGCGACUCUGCUCACAGGCACAGACGAACAUGGCAUGAAGAUUCAGAAGGCCGCUCAAAAAGCAAACACCGAUGUGAAGUUGUUCUGCGACCACCAUUCGCAGCAAUUCAAGGCGCUGUGCGACGCCGCCAAUAUCAGCUACGACCGUUUCAUCCGCACCACCGACGAGGACCACAAGGCUGCGGUUGCGCACUUCUGGACCGAGCUGAAUCACGCGGGUUAUAUCUACGAGGCCAAACAUGAGGGAUGGUACUGCGUCAGCGACGAGACAUUCUACCCCGAAACCCAAGUUCGGAACAUCCUCGACCCCUCAACCGGCGACACCAAAAUUGUGUCCAUUGAGACAGGUAAAGAGGUGGAAUGGACGUCCGAGACCAACUACCACUUCAAACUGUCGGCUUUCCAAGAACCACUGUUGAAGUAUUAUUCGGAACAUCCCAAAGCCAUCAUUCCAAAGCAGCGUAUGGCAUUCAUCUUGAAGGAGAUCCAAAGCGGCCUGAAUGACCUCUCGAUUUCACGCCCGACCUCCCGGCUGCAAUGGGGUAUUCGAGUCCCUGGCGACGAGAGCCAAACAAUCUACGUGUGGCUUGAUGCCUUGAUCAACUACUUGACCAUGACAGGAUAUCCUUACCAUGACAGAAUUGAUCCGAACUGGCUCUGGCCUCCGAACUGCCAGGUCAUUGGUAAAGAUAUCAUCCGCUUCCAUACGGUCUACUGGCCGGCCUUUCUGAUGGCUCUGGACCUCCCCCUCCCGACCCAGUUUCUCACCCAUGCUCACUGGACCAUGAACAAUGCAAAGAUGUCCAAGUCUGCCGGUAACGGAGUCAACCCCUUCUUUGCCAUGGACCGGUACGGGGUAGAUAGUAUCCGGUUCUACAUGGCCUAUAACGGUGGCAUCGUGGAUGAUGCCAUGUACGAGAACUCAAAGGUUGCAGAAACAUACAAACAUAUUCUGAGGGACGGAUUGGGAAAUCUACUGCAUCGCGUGUUCAAGAGCAAGAACUUCAAUGUUCGCGAAGCCGUCGAACUGGUGGGUGAAGACCAGGACGCCUUUUCAGAGUUCCUAUCCAAGGAUGAGCUGGAUGGACAUGGCGACGAUUUGAAGUCUCUCCAUGUAAGUAUCAAACAGCUGUGCAAACAGAUCACCUCGACUCGGAAUCAUGUGAGAAAGUGGAUGGCAGAACCAAACCCGCGGACAGCGGUCAAUCUCAUCACUGAGCUGAUCAGAAGCAUGAACAAAUUCUUCCACAACUCUGCGUUGUGGAAACGGAUCAAGUCGGACGAGGCCAGUGAACGGCGCAUUGCACAGUACGGCCUCUAUGCCAGCGCCGAAGCGAUUCGCAUCAUCUGCAUACUGCUGCAACCAUUUAUGCCGGAAAGAAUGCAAUUCGCGCUCGACCUAAUGCAGGUCCCAGAUUCGAAAAGGACUUUUGCGUACAGUCAGCUAUGCGCCGAUUUCACCUAUGGGCCGCCCGCGGUAGAGCCUGGCAUCAAGGGAUCUCCAGAAGUCAUCUUUCCGGUUCUUCUGUCUGCCAACUAA